AACACCCAAUGUUACGUAACGUCCUGUCAUAUGGAGCAGGUGAGGGAAGUCGUUACAGAUUAAGAUGUUUUAACUCUGUGCCUGGCUGUUAUUGCAAGGUUUGGACCUUCGUUAACACCAGAAAGGCACCGCCGCCAUCGCUGGAAAGUAGUUUCCAAGGUUACACGCUGUCAACCGACCGGUGGGAAUGACUUUGAAGGUUGAAACCGGAAGAAAAGCCCAACAUGGCACCAAUAAACUUGGAACACUUUAAGGUCACUGCGUCAUCCUACGUUAUAGUUAUCGGUGUUGCACGAAUAUUUGAUCACGCCUGCCUUAUGAAGUAGCGCUUGUUAAAUUUUUGACAUCAAUGGCUUUUCUAUGUAGUAACUUUUUAAGAAACACGUGCAGUUUUUACUUUCACGUGAAUUUGACUCGACAUUUCCAGCUCUGUAAACGAGCUGAUUUUCCUCUGCAGAAGAAGACCCCAUUCUCAGUAUGUUCUCCAAAAAUCUCGUCUAAUUUGAGAGUCUGUGCAACUAGACGGUCUUUUUCAAUAUGUGGCAACGUACGGGCGGUGUGUUCCCGGAUAGGUUCCGUCCAGACCCAGUGGGGCCACCACUUCCACACCUCCACCCCCAGAAGAGCCCUUCCUGCUCCCCUCCUAUGGAUGGUCCUCAAACCUCUGCAGAAGCUUCUGGCUAUACUACUGGGCAGGAGUCUAAGGAAAUGGUGGGGGUCUCUGCCAGACAAUCGGCGACAGCUCGUGCGCGAAUGGCUCCGGAGGCGCCGCUGGCAUCUGGCGACGGGAGCGGGAGUUGCUUUGGUGAUCGUGGCCCUUCUGCUCCUAACACACCUGGAUGAGUCCCCGGUGACUGGGAGGAUCCGCCUCCUGGUGUUCAGCAGGGAGAAGUACAUGGAGCUGGCUACUCUGACUUCAGAGGCGCACCUGAAGGAGUUUGCGGAGCUGCUUCUUCCUGCCACUGACCCUCUUCACCAGAUGGUUGAGCAGGCGGUGCAGCUUCUAGCACAAAGGAACAAGGACAUCCCAGAAGUAUCUGAAGUCCCCUGGAGUGUUCAUGUGGUGGAAAGUCCCCAAAUCAAUGCCUUUGUCCUUCCAAAUGGGAAAGUGUUUGUGUUCACUGGGAUGUUGGGAGCCGUGGCAGAUCUAGACCAGCUCAUGAUUGUUCUUGGACAUGAAAUGGCUCAUGCUAUCCUGGACCAUUCGGCAGAACAGGCCAGCCUGUCUCAUGUUGUGGACCUCCUGUCUCUUAUUGUGGUGACAGCCAUCUGGGCGCUGUGUCCUGGGGACAGCUUGGCACUGGUGGGAGGGUGGGCAAAGGACAAGCUCACGGAGUUGAUGUUCAACCAUCCCUACAGUCGAAAACUGGAAGCUGAGGCAGAUCAAGUUGGAUUGCAUUUAGCUGCUAAGGCCUGUGCAGAUGUGCGAGCAGGUCCCGUGUUCUGGCAGCAGCUGGAAAUUGUAGACAAGCUUACAGGGAAUCCCACGUUACCCGAGUGGCUGUCGACCCACCCCUCACACAGGAACAGGUCCGGUCAGAUGGACCGCCUCAUCCCACAGGCUCUGGAGCUGAGGGAAACUUGUUCAUGCCCCGCGCUCUCUCCUGUUGACCCUCGAGUUGUCUUCUCAAAGACCGUCAGCGAGUUGCUGGCCAAAGCUAAAGAGCAGGGGGGCGGAGGGCUAGAGGGGACGCGCGAGCCACAACCCGUCUCCGCCUCAGGACUGCCGGUUUCUCAAACGGCGUUCGCUUCUCCCUCACAAGUGGCUCGGUUUAACAAAGACAGGGUCCCUGCUGUCAUGUCUCCUCUCCCCACCGCCACAGGGGAAGGAUCCCAGCAUGUGCUGCAGAACACCAACCAGCAGGGGAGUUAAAACCCAAACAAACCUUCAACAAACUUCACUCACUCUAUUGACAAACUUGCUACAGUUUGAAGAGGCAGAAUUAUGUAUUUUUCAGACAGUGUCAAUUUAGAUCACAAUCGAGUAACUAUGUUAGCUUCAGUCGUUAUGAAAAUGCUGUAUAAAUCAAACGUUACUUGAAAGAAACUUGACUUUGCAAUUUAACGCCUUGAAAUUGGGCCUCUGUCUCUUUAAGAAGCUCCUGCUUUUUAUCGAGACUCCGCCUUCAACAUGUCAUCCCAACAACGUUUCUCCUUUAAAAACAUUUUACCAGCUUUUCACUGAGAAGCACUUCAUGUGCUGAGCUGAGCAGAUGCAAUGUUCCACCAGGUGUUUGCUAAUUGCUGCUGCCGCUAGUCUGAAGGAGAUAGCUAGCAUUUUGAACCUCUGGCUGGUUGCCACAGGAGAUUCAAGGAUUUCUCAAACAUGCAUGAAAGAAUCAAAGCAACACUCCUGGUGUGUCUUUGAUGA